CCCAGUCAGUCAGCGCAGUCGCGUAAAGAAAAAGAUUAAUCAGUGUUUUUUUCCCCUAUUGUUGUAAAGCUUCUCUCGUAUCGAUCUUAAGAGACUCUUAGGACCACUUAUUCCCCUUUCAUUUGUCACACCGGAGCAUUCUGUCACCUCAUAUCCUGACGAUCUAACAGAUACCAGGAUGAGUAAAAGCAAAGUAUUGAAUCUGAGGGAUAAGAUCAGUGGCAAUGAAAUUGACCUAAGCCUCUGUAACCUCACUGAGGUGCCAGUGAAAGAGCUGGCUGCUUUCCCCAAGGCAACGGUUCUGGACCUGUCAUGCAACAACAUUACCUCCCUUCCUCCAGAAUUCUGCAAUCUCUCCCACCUGGUAAAGGUGGAUCUGAGUAAGAACCAACUGACCGGUCUACCAGAUGAUCUGGGAAACCUAGUUAACCUGCAGCAUCUGGACCUCUAUAACAACAAGCUGAGUGUGCUGCCUGUCAGUUUCUCUCAGCUCAAGAGUCUUAAGUGGCUGGAUCUCAAAGAUAACCCUCUGGAGCCCAGCCUGGCUAAGGUUGCCGGAGACUGUCUGGAUGAGAAACAAUGUAAACAGUGUGCCUCCAAGGUUCUGCAGCACAUGAGGGCCAUCCAGGAAGAGGUGGAUCGGGCAAGAGAGAAGCGCCUCCUAAGGGAGAGAGAACUGGAGAAAAAGAGGGAGGCUAAGCAGAGGGAACGGGAGGUGAGAGAGCGGGAGGCUCGUAAACGGGAGAAAGCAGAAGAAAAGGAGAGGAGGAGGCAAGAGUACAAUGCCCAGAUGGCAAGCUUGGCUGCUCAGGAGCAACAGAAGAAGAGGAAAGAAGAGAAGAAGAAGAGGAAUGGACAGGCAGCAGAUAAAAAGGCCGCGGUGGAAUCCGCCCCUAAACCAAGACGUUCUCGCAUUUGCCUGCUGUUCAAGCUCCUCCUCCUUCUGUUGCUUGGAUUGGUUGCAGCUGCUGCCGCCUGCUGGCUGACGGACCUACGGAAGGAGGCGGUCUGCACGCCAAUCAAUGUUGCUGUGGACGACGGUCUAUCCUGGGCCAGGAAGCAAGAGGUUGUGGUCAGCCAGCUGAUUCAGAACAUCUCCUCAAUGGCGAAGGAGUUUCUGGAAACCACGCAAGCAUCUAAGAACUAAAUGUCAAUCGGCCUCCAUCAUCUCCAUGGGCCACAGGGUUCCCACUUUGAUCCGUCAAAGCUUGGAUUGAUCGCUAUUCAGAAAAAUUUGCCAUUUGGGGUUUUUUUUUUUUUUUUUUUUUUUAAUUAUGUAAAAAUUGUGAAUCUCUGAGGUGGGAACCUAUGCACCCCUUCACCCUGUACUGUGUUGUCAGGGAUGUGAAGAAUGUGGAUAUUUUGGUGGUCAGCGAUGGACAGAUGUGAAAAGAUCAGCUUAAAUUCCUAUGGAAUUGUCGUUGCUCUUCUUCCCUUGUUGUACUGCUUGUUUAAAAAAUAAAAUUAAAAAAAGACUGUCUUCUGACACACUUUUGACCAUGAUCUUACACAUAUGACCAGCGCCUUAUGCUUUCCAAGUCCUGAGGAGUAGCUAAUAUUUGAUAUGUGCCCAGUGAAAUGUGACAAGAUGGCCUUGUCUGUCAUACUGAAUUCUUAAACCAAAUCUAGCUACCUUAAGGUCAUGGGUCAGCCAGUGAUAGAUCUGAGCAGUCUGAAAAUGUGCAGUCAAAGGCUGUAGGAAUUUUGUGUUGACUUGUUCGUCUCUCCUCAUUUCAGUCUUAAUAACCCCUGUGCUGUGAACCCAAUUAUCUACCCAUAUUAACACAAUUUAAAAAGGGUGAAAAUGCUUCCAGCAACCUGUGCUAACUAACACCUGUGCCCUGCCAGUCAUUGAUAAGGAUCAGGGAAUUCCAGUUAUUGGACUGGUAUUGGACUAGCUUUCUCUAGUCUGAAGUGGUUCUCUUUUUCUUAAUUUCAUCAUUUACAGUUGUAAUUCUGGGGUCAUGUAAGAUAGCUGGAAGAUUAUUCCCACUGUGUAAAUGAUGGACAAGAUAUGAGGCCACUGCUGACUAAUCAAAUGCAUCUUGUGGUCUGCCGCUUCAUCUCAGCUGCCAGGGCAGGGUGCAGCAGGUGGUUUUGUAAAGCUGUGAUUAUGCUCAUGAGUGUUGACAUCAAUAAAUGGCUAAGC